AUGACCAAACUCUUCACCCCGCUCCGCGUCGGCCGCGUCGAGCUCUCCAACCGCAUCGCCAUGGCCCCAAUGACCCGCUUCCGCGCCGAUGACAAAUACACCCCACUCCCCUUCGUGAAAGAGUACUACGCCCAGCGCGCCUCAGUACCAGGCACGCUCCUCAUCAGCGAAGCAACCUCCAUCUCCGCCCGCGCCGGCGGUUACCCCAACGCACCAGGCAUCUACAACGACGCGCAGAUCGCCGCAUGGAAGGAAGUGACCGACGCCGUGCACACAAAAGGCAGCUACAUCUACCUACAGCUGUGGGCGCUUGGACGAGUUGCCAGCCGGGAGCUUCUGCAGGCCGAGGGCGGCUUCGAUCUCAUCUCGAGCAGCGCGACGGCGCUGAACGCAGAAUCUCCUACGCCGCGCGCGCUGUCCGAGUCCGAGAUCCUCGAAUGGAUCGCGGACUAUGCGCAAGCGGCGCGGAAUGCCGUUGCGGCGGGCUUUGACGGGGUCGAGAUCCAUGCGGCCAAUGGGUAUUUGAUUGAUCAGUUUAUUCAGGAUACGUGCAAUCGGCGGGAGGAUGCGUGGGGUGGGGGUGUGGAGGGUCGGGCGAGGUUCGCGGUUGAGGUUUCGCGGGCUGUUGCGGACGCCGUUGGGGCGGAUCGGACUGGGAUUCGGUUUAGUCCUUGGGGUACGUUCCAGGGAAUGAGGAUGGAGGAUCCGAAGCCGCAGUUUGAGUAUCUGGCGACGCAGACGGCACAGUUGGGACUUGCGUAUGUGCAUUUGGUGGAGUCUGGCAUUGCGGAGAAUGCGACUGUUGGGCCGGAUGAUCAGCUGGAGUUCUUCCUCAGGGCGUAUGGCAAGGCUUCGCCGGUCAUUGUUGCUGGUGGGUAUGAGGCUGAGACGGCGGUUCGGGCGGUUGAUGAGAAGUAUGCGGACUAUGAUGCUAUUGUUGGGAUUGGACGUCCGUGGAUCUCGAAUCCGGAUUUGCCGUUCCGUAUUCAGAAGGGCAUCCCGUUCGUGCCUUAUGACAGUGGUACUUUCUAUGUCCCCAAAGAGCCUAAGGGAUAUAUUGAUUAUGCGUUCAGUGCUGAGUUCCAGAAGUCUAUUGAGGCUGCGGCUUGA